AUAGGGAACUAUACUAGACUAGGAACCUACCUAAUUUUAUUGUAUAAAUUUUCGAUACCAAUGAUUAAACCAUGCAAACUAUAAAUACCCUUUUUUCUUGGAUAAAGGAAGAGAUUACUCGAUACAUUUCCAUAUCGCUCAUAAUAUAUAUAAUAGCUAGGGCACCUAUUUCAAAUGCAUAUCCCGUUUUUGCACAGCAGGGUUAUGAAAAUCCACGAGAAGCGACUGGCCGUAUUGUAUGUGCCAAUUGCCAUUUAGCUAAUAAACCCAUGGAUAUCGAGGUUCCACAAGCGGUACUUCCUGAUACUGUAUUUGAAGCAGUUGUUCGAAUUCCUUAUGAUAUGCAACUGAAACAAGUUCUUGCUAAUAGAAAAAAGGGGACUUUGAAUGUGGGGGCUGUUCUUAUUUUACCCGAGGGGUUUGAAUUAGCCCCCCCCCCCGAUCGUAUUUCGCCCGAGAUUAAAGAAAAGAUAGGCAAUCUGUCUUUUCAGAACUAUCGCCCUAAUAAAAAAAAUAUUCUUCUGAUAGGUCCUGUUCCUGGUCAGAAAUAUAGCGAAGUCACCUUUCCUAUUCUUUCCCCAGACCCCGCUACUAAGAAAGAUGUUCACUUCUUAAAAUAUCCCAUAUACGUAGGCGGGAACAGGGGAAGGGGUCAGAUUUAUCCCGACGGUAGCAAAAGUAACAAUAAUGUUUAUAAUGCUACAACAGCGGGUAUAGUAAGCAAAAUUAUACGAAAAGAAAAAGGAGGAUACGAAAUAAACAUAGUGGAUGCAUCGGAUGGACGUCAAGUGGUUGAUAUUAUCCCCCCAGGACCGGAACUUCUUGUUUCAGAGGGCGAAUCUAUCAAACUUGAUCAACCAUUAACGAGUAAUCCUAAUGUGGGUGGAUUUGGUCAGGGGGAUGCGGAAAUCGUACUUCAAGAUCCAUUACGUGUCCAAGGCCUUUUGUUCUUCUUGGCAUCUGUUAUUUUGGCACAAAUAUUUUUGGUUCUUAAAAAGAAACAAUUUGAGAAGGUUCAAUUGUCUGAAAUGAAUUUCUAGAUCCGC